GCGCCAGUGGUGAGGGCUUUGGAUUUCUCCGCGCUCCCGCUCGGCGGCUCUGUGGAAACGGCGAUCCGGCGCUGCGAAUCCCCUCCCCGACAUAAACAUGUCCAAACUGGAGCAGAUUCUCCUUCUCGAUCCUCCGAUUGAUCUCAAAUUCAAAGGUCCGUUCACAGAUGUCGUCACGGCUAACCUGAAGCUGACGAACCCGUCAGACAAGAGAGUAUGUUUCAAAGUGAAGACCACAGCGCCACGCCGGUACUGCGUACGACCCAACAGCGGCGCCAUCGACCCCGGCGCUUCAAUCACCAUCUCAGUUAUGCUACAGCCGUUUGACUACGACCCCAAUGAAAAAAGUAAACACAAAUUUAUGGUGCAGACCAUCUUUGCACCAGCCUCCGUCACAGACACAGAGACCAUGUGGAAAGACGCGAAACCCGAUGAGCUCAUGGAUUCCAAGCUGAGAUGUGUGUUCGAGCUGCCUUCUGAAAACGAUAAAAUGAACGACGUGGAUGCCGUGAGCAAGGCAGCCCCCGUGCUGGCCUCCUCCAAGGCGGAAGGACCGACUGCGCCCAAACCCGCGAGCAUUGCGCUGGAUGACACCGAGAUGAAGAAAGUUCUGGAAGAGUGCAAGCGACUGCAGACGGAAAUGAGCAAGCUGCAGGAGGAGAACCGGCAGCUUAAGGACGAUGGAUUGAGACUGAGGAAAGUCCAACGGCCCGAGCACACAGCCUCCAAUUCCAGCUCUCUGAUUGGCCGAGAAGUGGCCACUAGCUCCCUCCCAUCACUCCUGGUCGUCAUAGCAGCCAUCUUCAUCGGAUUCUUCCUCGGCAAGUUCAUCCUGUAGAUGGACAAGUGGAGGGGAGUCUGACUUGUCUGCCUGCCUAUCAACCGGUUCCAGAGAGAGAGAGAGGGGGAAAAGAGAGGGAGAGCUCACAUGGCCUGGUUGAAAGGAGAAUGUCUUUCUGUUGACAUUGCCAUAUCAUUGGUAGCUGGGCCAGCGGCAGAAACACAUCUGUGCGGCAUCAUAAUGUCCUCAGCCUCACACACGGUUAGUCCAACACGAGAGAGAGAGAGAGAGAGAUAGAAGGAGAGAGAGAGAAUAAAAAGCAGGAACAGAAGUAAGGCUCUUUCUUCUCUCUCUUUUUUUUUUUUUUUUUUUAAUAAUUCCCACACCGUUCUUUGCUUUGGGCAAUGGACAGAAAUUAAUUCAGAAAACAGGGUUAAAACACAGCAGUGGUGUUUUAAAAAGGAAAAAAUAAAGACAGGACAAAUCUCAGAGACCCAAUUUAUAAAGGUGUUGAUAUAAAUAAUUUUGUCCCGCACAUCACCAUCAUCACCAUCAUCACCACCAUCACCACACUCCUCGCUCUCUCUUUCUCGUUUUAUUAAACAGUUCAAUGGAAUGUUAGGUGUCUUGUAAAUGUAAUUUUAAUCCUUUUAAAAAAAAAAGAAAAAGGAAAAGCAACAUCAAUCAAAAAAAAAAAAAAAAACGACCGUGUGACCCUUUUCACCCUCCGGCUGCCUCAGAAAGACGGCAGACGUUUCUACCCCUUCGCUGCCUCUCCAUUUCUACGGGAACGUCAACAGUUGGGCUGGGAACAAAGAUGCCUCCUUUUUGUACAUUUCCGUCUUUUUUUUUUUUUCUGUUCCUAUCGAUACCAAUGCAGACUUUUAUUACUGUUCUAUCAUAUUAUUAAUAUUAUUAAUGUUCUCUUCACUUUCCCUCAAUACAUUUAUCCCUACUUGAGGCAAAUGUUGACUGAAGUUCGAGUCUACACCUCUCCUGUCCUGUCCAAUGCUAUUCAACAUUAAAGAAAUAAAUAAAGUGGGAAAAAAAAAAAA